GGUGCAAGGGGUUAGCGAGCUAUUAGAUAACCUAAGGAAACCCUAACAACUGUUACCCAAGAUAAAAACCUUAGAUAAGAGAUAAACAUCCCCUCCCCACACUCACACACACCCCGCGUUUUCGCCUUUUGAAAACUCACCACUAAAACUGCAACACCAUAAAAGUAUCGGAUGCGAGAAUAAGAGAAAAAGGGCAGGUGCAGCGUGAACGGAGGCUGACAACACCAGGUAAGAUAUACUGUUCAGCAGGGAAGAGACACCGUGACUCUAAAGAGCCGAGCUCAGCCAGAACAAUAAAUUAUCGCUUCGAGCCGAACUGGGAGACAUCCUGUAUUAUCUUGGUAGGAACACAAGCUUUCUCUGUCCGUGUUGCUUUCACCAUCUUUUGCUGUUGCAGUAGAAUUUUUUUUCAGAAUGAACGCACCGAGUCCGACCCUUUUGUACUUGUCUAAUUGCAAGCUGCAACAUCUAAAUUUUGUGGACAAACGGAAACUACUUGUUCUGGACUUGAAUGGAUCUUUGCUAUAUCGACCUCCUCCACGACAUCUCACGAAGCCAAUUCCACGACCAGGCGUUAAAAACUUUUUAAAAUUUGCGUUUGCUAACUUCAACAUUGUCGUAUGGAGCUCCGCUCAGUCACAUAACAUUCAAAAAAUGAUGCACGCUGUCAUGAACAAGGAACAACGGAAACAGGUGCUGCUGUGUAUGACUCGGGAGGAUGUCGACUUCGAAGAGGGAGACCGAAACACCAAGAUUCAGACAUACAAAAACUUGACUAAAGUCUGGCAGCAGCUUAAAAAGGACAAGGACGACAAUCCUGCUGCAUGGAACCAGUUCAAUACGGUGAUCGUUGACGACUCAGCUAUAAAAUGUUGUGCCCAGCCUUACAACCUCCUCCAGCUGUCUGAUUUCCAACCGUCACCGACAGAGAAAACGAAGGAUUUCGCCCUUGUGUGCGCCAUUCGAUACCUAAAACAUCUAAAACGCAUACCCAACGUCUGCGACUACAUCCGUUCAUAUCCCUUUACUAGCAUUCAGAAUGUCAAGUCUCAGGAAGAAGGCCUAAGAGAGUUGGACAAAAUGUUUAAAGCUUACAAACGAGCCUUGCGUGAACAAUCCGAUAGACUGGAAUUAACGUCAAAGGUAGAUACGCUUCAACAAAACGGCGAAACAGUACAAUCCGGAACCGUUAUCGGAACCACUGCAAACUGACACCAGUAAUGACGUCCAAGCAAACAAUUACACAGUUCUAAGAUAUCUAAUAGAUCAUCGAUUCAUUGUAUACC